UUGGUGGUGUCUCUUGAGCGCAGUUUCAAGAUUCAUCUUGAGAAGGUAGCAGUACAUUUACCGCCCAAAGUGAGUCCGGAGCCUAAGGCGUGGGCUUGGAGUCCUGACUCAAAAGAUACCUCCUUGUUUUUAUCGGGCCGAACGUCGUUCCGCAAGGGCUCGGCAAGAUGAGUGACAGGAGUCGACUAACGGGAAAGAUUGGAGAUGAAACUUUGAUUGAGAUGAGCCAGAACUCCCUAUGUGAUGGGGACAACAACGGCUUCCCCCACGAUACUGACGACUAUCCCCAGCCUGACCCUUCAGAGUCUCCCACUCCUUACAUCAACCCUCCUGAUCAUGGCUCCUGUGAGUCUCUGGGUCCUGGGGUCCAGGGUCAUGGUACCUGUGAUUCUCUGGGUCCUGGGGUCCAGGGUCAUGGUACCUGUGAUUCUCUGGGUCCUGGGGUCCAGGGUCAUAGUACCUGUGAUUCUCUGGGUCCUGGGGUCCAGGGUCAUGGUUCCUGUGAUUCCCUCCGCUCCAGUUUGCCCUCCAUCCACUCUCACCACUCAGGCUCUGACCACAGUGACAGCAGCCCUGAACGUGGACAGAUCCUUAGACGUUUGUCCACCGUGACUGGGCUGACUGGGAUGUGGAGAAAAAGAGCUCUGUUCCUGAAGCAUCGCUCCAGGGUUGACAAGCAUCAACAAAGUAAAGACUCGGUGUUCUUCCGUGAUGGAAAGAGGAGGAUUGACUUCAUCCUGUCCUAUGUGGAUGACCGAGACGGAGAGAGGAAGCAGGAGAGGCGGAAGGAGUACGAAGCGAACCUACAGAAGGCAGGGCUGGAGCUGGAGACAGAGGAUCAAUCGGAGUCAGAUGAUGGUAAGACAUACUAUGUGAAGAUCCACACUCCAUGGGAUGUGCUAGCCACCUAUGCCGAUGUCCUCAAGAUCAAGGUUCCCUUCAAGGCCAACGACAUCCCCGCCCACAAGGACAUUCCCAUGAACUGGCUGUUCACUCCCUUCCGUCUACCGAACCACAUUAUGAAUCCUGAACCAGACUACUUCACCUCACCCUUCAACAAGGAAAAGAUUGACUUCUUCCUUAUCGAUGACAAGGAGACCUUCUUCCCUCCCUCUGUCCGCAACAGGAUAGUGUACUAUAUCCUGGCCCGCUGUGCGUACUACAAGGAGGACAGUGAUGACAAGAACAAGAAGGGCAUCAAGCGCCUGCUCAACAACGGAACCUACGGGGCUGCCUUCCCACUACAUGAUUCUCGCUACUGGAAGGCAUCCAGAGACCCCAACAGUGAGAGUGAGAGAUUCAGCCUCUACAAACACUGGGCCCGGUUCUUCAGUUUCUUCAAAGAGCAGCCUCUCAAUUUGAUACGGAAGUAUUACGGGGAGAAGAUUGGGAUCUACUUUGCCUGGCUGGGUUUCUACACUGAGAUGCUGUUCUUCGCUGCGGUAGUCGGCCUGAUCUGCUUUCUCUAUGGAUUGUUCACCUUCGAUGACAACGUCUGGAGUAAAGAAAUCUGCAGUGAGGAGAUUGGAGGCAACAUCAUCAUGUGUCCACUGUGUGAUAAGACGUGUGGCUACUGGAAGCUCAACUCAACGUGUAAUUCGUCCUGGCAAUCGCAUAUGUUUGACAAUGUGGGGACAGUUUUCUUUGCCAUAUUCAUGGGGAUUUGGGUGACUCUGUUCCUGGAGUUCUGGAAGCGUCGGCAGGCCCGGCUGGAGUACGAGUGGGACCUGGUGGACUUUGAGGAAGAGCAGCAGCAGCUUCAACUACGACCAGAGUACGAGAUCAAGUGUACCAGCCGCAGACUCAACCGCGUUACACAGGAGAUGGAACCAUACUUUCCCGCAAAAUCCCAGUGUACUCGUACAUUCCUGUCUGGAGCCACCGUCAUAUUCUGGAUCUCCCUGAUCAUAGCGUGUAUCAUCGGGGUGAUAGCCUACCGUUUGGCGGUGUACGCUGCGUUCGCUAGCAUCAUGAAGGACAGCCCCACCAAUAACAUCCACAUGGUGGGCUCCCUCAUCACCCCGCAGCUCGCCACCUCCGUCACCGCUUCCUGCAUCAACUUCGUCAUCAUCAUGAUCCUCAACGUGAUGUAUGAGAGAGUGGCCAUCUGGAUCACUGACAUGGAGAUCCCCAAAACACACCUAGAGUACGAGAACAAGCUGACAGUGAAGAUGUUUCUGUUCCAGUUCGUCAACUACUACUCUUCCUGUUUCUACGUGGCCUUCUUCAAGGGGAAGUUCGUCGGCCGUCCCGGAGACUACAUCUAUAUGUUCGGCUGGAGCAAGCUGAGGAACGAGGAGUGUGACCCUGGUGGCUGUCUCAUUGAGCUGACCACUCAGCUGGUCAUAGUGAUGGCAGGCAAACAGGUGUGGGGUAACAUCCAGGAAGCUCUGGUUCCGUGGCUGCUGAACUGGUGGGGGAGCCGCAAAGCCCGUAGCCACCCUGAGAGCCUGUACAGCCGCUGGGAGCAGGAUCAUGACCUGCAGAACUUUAGCCAUCUGGGUCUUUUCUAUGAGUACCUGGAGAUGGUGAUCCAGUUUGGUUUCAUCACUCUGUUCGUGGCCUCCUUCCCUCUGGCCCCCCUGCUGGCGCUGUUGAACAACAUUAUAGAAGUUAGAGUGGACGCCUGGAAGUUCACCACCCAGUUCCGCCGGCCCGUGGCGGCCAAAGCCCACAGCAUCGGAGCCUGGCAGGAAAUACUGAACGGAGUUGCCGUUUUCUCAGUCGUCACCAACGCGUUCAUCGUAGCCUUCACAUCAGACAUGAUUCCCCGGCUGGUGUACAUGUAUGCCUACAGCCCUGACAACGAUCUCUCUAUGAAGGGCUACAUCAACAAUAGUCUGUCAGUGUUCAACAUCUCUGGGUUCUCUGAGGACAACCGUCCUGAUGACGGAGAGAGCCCUGAAUGGUUCAACAGCUCUGUCAUCACCACCUGCAGGUACCGUGACUACCGCUAACCACCGGCCCAUGAGAAGCGCUAUGUGUGUGUUUAUAACAACUCCUGUCUCCCUGUCCUCUAGGUACCGUGACUACCGCUAACCACCGGCCCAUGAGAAGUGCUAUGUGUGUGUUUAUAACAACUCCUGUCUCCCUGUCCUCUAGGUACCGUAACUACCGCUAACCACCGGCCCAUGAGAAGCGCUAUGUGUGUGUUUAUAACAACUCCUGUCUCCCUGUCCUCUAGGUACCGUAACUACCGCUAACCACCGGCCCAUGAGAAGUGCUAUGUGUGUGUUUAUAACAACUCCUGUCUCCCUGUCCUCUAGGUACCGUAACUACCGCUAACCACCGGCCCAUGAGAAGCGCUAUGUGUGUGUUUAUAACAACUCCUGUCUCCCUGUCCUCUAGGUACCGUAACUACCGCUAACCACCGGCCCAUGAGAAGCGCUAUGUGUGUGUUUAUAACAACUCCUGUCUUCCUGUCCUCUAGGUACCGUAACUACCGCUAACCACCGGCCCAUGAGAAGCGCUAUGUGUGUGUUUAUAACAACUCCUGUCUCCCUGUCCUCUAGGUACCGUAACUACCGCUAACCACCGGCCCAUGAGAAGCGCUAUGUGUGUGUUUAUAACAACUCCUGUCUCCCUGUCCUCUAGGUACCGUAACUACCGCUAACCACCGGCCCAUGAGAAGCGCUAUGUGUGUGUUUAUAACAACUCCUGUCUUCCUGUCCUCUAGGUACCGUAACUACCGCUAACCACCGGCCCAUGAGAAGCGCUAUGUGUGUGUUUAUAACAACUCCUGUCUCCCUGUCCUCUAGGUACCGUGACUACCGCUAACCACCGGCCCAUGAGAAGCGCUAUGUGUGUGUUUAUAACAACUCCUGUCUCCCUGUCCUCUAGGUACCGUAACUACCGCUACCCUCCAGGCCAUGAGAAGCGCUAUGUGUGUGUUUAUAACAACUCCUGUCUCCCUGUCCUCUAGGUACCGUGACUACCGCUAACCACCGGCCCAUGAGAAGCGCUAUGUGUGUGUUUAUAACAACUCCUGUCUC